AUGGCUGGCUAUAAUCAUACUAGCAGGGACAGGCAGACUCAGCGCUAUCGCGAUAUGACUAAGGAAUGGACGGCAUUCCUACUGCUCAUGCUGUGCAUCUUAACAAAAGAAGUACACAGUCUAAAAACUGACACUCAAGUCGUGUACUACAAGUCAAAAGAAAAAACAAUAUCCAGCCCUAAUCAAAUUGUCUACUAUGAUGAUAAAAUAAAAAGAACAUCAAUUUCCAAUCCUUCCCGAUUUGUCUACUACGGUGAUAAAAGAAACAUUCUCGAAUCUUCACCAAGCAGGACCAUCUAUUAUGACUAUGGAAGACCAGUAGAAAGGACGGUAAUUGUUCCACAGCGGGAAUUCCUCAUACAAAAUCUCACAAACAUCACUAUUGGAAUGAUGCAUCCCCCUCCAGAACAUAGACGCUGCAAGUCAGAUUUGGAUUGUCACGGCCUUCGUAACGGAAGAUGUUUUCACAACAUCUGUGUGGAAGGAGGAACGAGAUGCUUGACAGAUGCUCAAUGUCCGAAGUUUCCAUUUUCGCAAAAAGUCCCACAUUGCACAAAAGACAGCGAAUGUCCACCAGGGAGAUACUGUGUGGCUGGAGUCUGUACAGAAUUGGGCCAACCAUGCGAGAGGGACAGCACCUGUCCAGGCUACCCUGACUAUGCCGCUUGCAUAGAAGGAAAGUGUGUUAAAGUUGGUCAAAACUGUAAAAAGAAUGCGGACUGCCCUCGCACAGAGCUAUCUUGUGUCUCUUCAAAAUGUAUCAAACUUGGAUCUUGCAAUUCCGACAAAGAAUGCCCAGAGACGACUUACUGUAUAGCGAACCGAUGUAUACAAAUGGGACAAGGAUGUGAACGAGACACUGAUUGUCCAUACUAUCCGAACAGUGCAUGUGUUGCAGGAACAUGUGUUCGUGCCGGUCAGCCUUGUACAAACGACAACGAAUGCUCAAGCCAUUUAAUGUGCAUUUACUCGAAAUGUAGACCUGUUGGCGAAUUUUGUACAGUAGAUACGGAUUGCAAGUAUUACAAUGUGACUGUAUGCAUCGACUCCAAAUGUCUAAAACAGGGGCAGUCGUGCACAACUGAUACCGACUGCGCUACACCAUUGAAAUGCUUGCAGUCAAAGUGUUCAAAACCAAACGACAUAAUGAGAAAUCCGAGAGGAUCAGGAUGUUCGACAAGCGAUGAGUGCCCCGAUAAUUACAUUUGCAAGGAUAGAGAGUGUGUUAGAGAUGGACACUGCAGCUCAAACAAUGAUUGCAAAACGAAUUAUUUGUGCGUUAGUGGCACUUGUGAACUAAGUCAGGGUGAGCGUGCUACGAAUCCAUCUGUAUCGCCUUCAACACCGCCAACAACAACAACAACAACAACAACGACGACGACGACAACGACAACAACAACAACAACGCCAACAACAACAACGACAACAACAUUAACAACCAGGCGUUGCAGACGUCGACCAUGGCAAGCAGUACCAAAUCAGUGUGGAUCAGGAGGACAAGGAGGGAGAGGAGGAAGAGGAGGACGAGGAGGAAGAGGAAGAGGACGAGGAGGUCGAACAACGAGAAAAACAACCACCACAGCAGCAACCACAACAUCAACAACGCGACAAUUAUUGUUAGCGACUGAUGCAGCGACUCCUGCGAUGAAUACUGAGCAAACUCGGUCUUUGGCGCAAGCUCAGUUCCUGACGCAAGCGGGAAAGAAGAAAGUGCUUGAGCUACAUAAUCGCUACAGGUCUGAUGUUGCAACUGGCAGAGUGCAAGGACAAGGUGGAGCUAGGCUACCAACAGCUACUACAAUGUUCAUUAUGCGAUACGACGAUCAGCUCGCAAACGAUGCAGGAGAUCAUGCUGUUCAAUGUACAAUGACAGGCUCGGAGCGUUCACAAAGGCCUCGUGACGAAGGAGAAAAUUACUACCAAGCUCAAAAAGGUAGAAGUGAAAUCGAGAUGGUGACAGAGGCUGUAAAUAGUUGGUAUAAUGCAGCAAGUACUUAUGGUAUGCCAACCAACGUUAUAUAUCACGAUUCUUUUGGGACGCAACUAAAAUUCUUCACACAGCUAGCAAGUGCAUGGACCUACAAAAUCGGAUGCGCAUACGCCGACUGCGGUUACUCAUAUUUCUUAGUAUGCAGAUACUUCCCCAAUGGUAACCAUGAGGGUAAAAUUCUUUAUCCUUCUGGAAGUCCGGCGGUAUCGUGUUCAAAUGGAAAAGCCUACGAAUACAAUAAUCUCUGUGUGGGCCCCCAAUGAAGUUUUAACGGAGAGUAAAAUAAAAUUUGAUAAAAAUGUGGAAUCUGCAUAUUCACUUCCAUAUUAGAGAUUCAAGAAAUUAUAACUUUGAGCUAGACAACAAAG